GGUCCGCAAUUAUAACGAAAUAUCAACCAAUAUUAUUUCGGGUUUAGGCAAUGUUUUUUGGGGGAUAAAGGGAAGCUACUGCAUAUUUCCCGCCUAAAUGGAUGAAAGUGAAACUAAAGGUUGACAAACAUGUCCCAAACCAAAUCAACAUUGAAUUUAGUAGUAGCAGCUUGUAAAAGUAGAGGCAUAGGUAAAAAUGGACAACUCCCAUGGAGAAUAAGGAAAGAUAUAGACUUUUUCAAAAAGAUUACUAUGGAAACAAAGGACCCAGACAAGAAGAAUGUUGUGAUCAUGGGAAGGAAGACAUGGUUUUCUAUACCAGAAAAGUUCAGGCCACUUCCUAAAAGAAUCAAUAUAGUACUUAGCAGAGAAAUGAAAGAAGCUCCACCUGGUGUGUACAUAGCCAGAAGUUUUGAAGAAGCUAUCACCAUGGUGAACAAAGACUUGUCAGACAAAGUAGAAUCUAUAUAUAUCAUUGGUGGCAGUUCUAUAUAUAAGGCAGCAAUGGAUUCAGACUAUAAUAUAAGAAUAUUUCUGACCAAGAUUUUAGCAGAUUAUGAUUGUGAUACAUUCCUUCCACAGUUUGAUGAGAACCUUUACAAGAUUAUAGAAAAUUAUGAAGGAGUCCCAACGGGAACACAGACUGAAAAGGAUAUUGACUUUAUUUUUGAAGUUUAUGAAAAGAAUAUAAACCAGAUGUGUGAAUUUGAUAUCAUGGCGGCAAUGUGUAGCAACAGAGGAAUUGGAAUGAACAAUAAACUUCCUUGGCCAUGCAUAGAGAAAGACUACAAAUAUUUUACGCAGAAAUGUAGUCCAACCAUUAAAGGAAAUCACACAGUUGUAAUAAAAGGGCGAAUGACAUGGGAAAGCACCAUAGGUUGGGAACGGACAUACCCUGGCUAUCUGAACGUCAUUAUUUCUCAGUCAAAAAGGGAUCAAUUAGAAUCCGAUGAGUUUGUAAAUAAAGUAACAGACAACUUAGAAACAGCCUUGAUAUAUGCAAAUAAAUUAAAACGAGAAGGAAAAUGUGAACGAGUAUGGGUGUUAGGUGGUCAAAAAGUAUAUGAUGAUGCAAUACACCACCCAUGUUGUACGAAAAUAUACCUUACAGAAAUAUACAAGGAAUUCCCAAGUGAUACAUUCUUUCCUCCAAUACCAAGCUGUUUCAAGGAAACUGGGGAGGCAGGAGUUGACCCAGACAUACAGGAAGAUAAUGAAGUACAAUUCCAGUUUAAAGUGUUCACACGAACAGAAUGAUUUAUCAUUUACUUUUAAUAUUGUCUGUAACGUUUUUCGUUUAUUACACGCAUCGCUGCGUGUUAUGAUCAUGAUAUAAUUAGAUUCCUUAUUCUCAUUACCGUUAUAAAGUAAUUCCUUACAAUCUAUGUAUAUCGCCUUUAAUCAGAGUGUUCUUUUUAAAUGUCAAAUCAAUCAUGUUAAGCAACUGGUGCCCCGUUGUUUUGUGUAUACAGGUGCCUCGGUUGACCUCCGAUUCAGUCCGGGCUCUUGUAGUAUAGCUACUGUAGAAUAUUUCUUUGUUCAGAGAUAUUUAACCAUAUUGUAAUCAGGUUACUAGAGUAGUAUAAAAGUAAGAGAGAAAUAGCUGAGAGACGAGAUACGAUAUACGAGGAGGAGAGACGAUUUUCUGUACGAGAGGUGCGUACGUAGGAGAUUUAUGAUUAUGUCACUGUAUUGUUGAGCCUGCAGUUUAGAUGUUGUAAACUUGUAUUACGGUAAUGUGUACUUUGGAUUUUGCAUAAUAUAGUAUUGAGCUUUUAAUCGCCUUUGUGUUAAUGUUAACUUGCAAGACUUCGUUCAGACUACACCAGGAUCCAUUUAUUUAUUUUUGUGACCAGGAUUCCUUAAUCACACUACCAGAGAUUUUUAGGGUAACCCUGUCAAAGAGAAUACUUGGCAUUUGUCGUCCGUUGACGUGUGAAACGUAGACAUCAAACAACAAAGCACAAACACAAGAAUACACAUUAGAGUUUAAGUCCUCAUACUUAAACUACUUUUUCGUCACAUGUCUUUUGAUAAACUUAAUUUAUCGAAAUGCUCACCUGGUUCUUUAACAUUGGUACCUUUAAUGUUAUUGUAUGUUUAGUCGUUUUAC